UCUUAUUUACAGCAUGCUGCCAAAGUUCUCACUACCAGGUAACAAGCUAGCAAGUAAACAUCCACACUCUACUACGGCUGCAAUCUCCAAGAAAGCUCGACGGCGGCGAUGCCGCCGCCGAUGCAAAUGGGGCCUCCGGCCUCCCCCGGCACGCCGCCUACAGACGGGAGCAUGGACAUGCCCGGCAUGCCCGCGAUGCACAUGGCCUUCUUCUGGGGGCACCGGGUGCAGGUGCUCUUCUCGAACUGGCCAGGGGACCGCGAUGGCGUCGGCAUGUACGUCCUUUGCCUCCUAGUCGUGUUUGCGCUCGCUGCGCUCGUCGAGGUGCUCUCGGCAUGGUCCCGUGGUCUCGCCCGCCGCCGCAGCCGUGACUCCAACGCGUUGGGGACCCUGCUGAUGACGGGGAUACACGCGGUGAAGGUCGGCCUCUCUUACUUGGUGAUGCUGGCCACCAUGUCCUUCAACGGCGGGGUCUUUAUAGCCGUCUUGGCUGGCCACGCCGCUGGGUUCUUCCUCGCGCGGAGAGGGAUUCUCGGCGGCCAUGCAGCCCAUGACGAGGUGCCUACUACGAACGGUGCUCUCCAUCCACCAGAACUGAAACCUGAAAUCUUCUGAAUGCUUGGAAAAUGAAUUAGUUGUGUUGGCGAAAUGCAAAUACUGGAUGUUGCUUAGUCAUCUCUGUUGAGGGAAGUUGUAUGUGUCGCCAUGAACGAAUCAUAAAUAUAUGUAAGGCUAGGAUCAUUCUAGUGUUUUUCUCAUA